AUACCGAUUUCCACCGAGGGACUGGGAGGUGCGGCAUGACACCACGUUAUUAUUUGUUUUACAGCGGCUUCGUUUCAUCCUGAUCGCGGAAAUUGAUCGAAGGGAUGUUAGGAUAUCUAGCUGAAACUCGUGUCGACUGUUUCCAAACGUGCGCGGCAAACCAUACAGAGCUCUGAUGUGAAUCGGACCUGUCUGUAAGGUGGCAUUGUGCGGCUGUGCUUCUGUAGCGGACGGAUGUGGUUGCAUUCCAGCAUGAAUGGGUUUUGAACUCCGCGCUGGAGCAAGUGCCAGUGCUGGUGCUGCUGCUGCUCAGUUGCACUGCGCGCGAUCAUAGUCUAGACUAGACUUUACAAAAAGGCAGGUGUAGGUUAUGCUACUGCUUUGACUAACCCAUAUGUCGGAUUUUAUUACACCAAUUUCUCGCGAACAGCCGAUAUCCCCUUGAAGACCUACUGUAUGCCACUUGUGGGAUCGCUGACUGAGACCAGAAGCGACAGACCCGAACCUUAAUCCUGAAGCACAGUCCAGCGCAGUCCGGCAAGAGCGGAGGGGUGAGAGAGAGAGAGAGGAGCAAGGAAGGUAGAAGGACAAGACCAAGAAGAGGGUUUGCUUUGGUGAUUACACCCACAGAUGUCUGGCUCCUCCAACGCGUCGCCCAGUGCGAUCCUAAUGUCUGACAUACUUGACUGACCACAGAAGGAGCAGCAGCAAGAGUACAGUGGACGCUGCAGCCACUGUGACGGGUUGGAUAGUGUGAGAGUUCAAGAUACAUCUGGAAGGAGAGAUCUUCAACAUGAAUACAGACAGUGGAGGAUACGUGAUGCGCAAAAGCACAAGCCUCUCGCUCAGUCUAACCCCCAUGAAGAGAAUCCAGAGCUCGCCAAACCUGUGUGGGGUCUCAGGUACCGAGUCUCAUUCAGCCGAGUCAGAUGUCUGGAGGUCAUACGGCACCGGCGAGCCCCUCAGGAAUGGAGACGCCGCCACUUCCUCUCUGGCUGCCAAGGGCUACCGCAGAGUCAGGCCCAACCUGCAGGAGAAGAAGUCCCCCACACCGGUUCCACCCCUACGGAGAGACAGCUUUCAGUUGCCGUCGGCUCUCGGCGGGCGUCCAUCUCAUCUCCCUCAGUCCACUCAGUCAGGUCAUAAAGGCCCAGUGGCCUCCCCCACGUGCUCACCCUUCACACACUACUCCUACACUUUCUCUGAGAGCAGCUCUCGUGGGCCUCUGAUCAGAGGCCGCACUACUACACCAAGCCCAGCGGCUGAUGCCAGAGCACUGUCCGUUAACGUUCAGGUAGGAGGAGGGAGCGUCUCCCCAGCCGCAGAGCGACAAGCCACACAGAGUGUGCCUGUUGUCGCUGACCAGCAGCUGACCAGCUGGAGGCCCGACGACCCGCAGCCUGGAUGGCAUGUGUCUUGCCUCUCCGUCCGAGUCAAGCCCAGCCCAUCAGCCCAGCCUCGGCGCCUGGAGCCUGUGGUCCCAUGGGCAUCGUCCCGUCCACCGCUGCCCACUACCCGGGCACACGCGCCCGAGGCUUCGUCCACCCGCUGGCCGGCGCCCUCCUCUGCCGCCGCCGCAGGAGCUCCGCAGCCCCCGUGGGGCGUCCCGCCGCCCCACAACCUCCCCCUCCUCCUCCGCCCCCCGUCCGAGCAGGUGGUGGAGCUCGACGGCCCGUUCCCCCCUCCUCCGCCCCCGCUGAGCCUUCCUCUCGCGGCCCCCCUGGGUGACCCGCGGGCGGCCCAGGGUGGCGGCGCGGCGUCGGCCCUCAGCCAGUACUCGGCGCGCAGCCUGCAGAGCGACGUGUCGGCCGCGCUGCUGGAGGAGCUGCGGGCCUGCCAGGGCUCGGAGGCCGGACGGGGCUCGCGCUCGCGCACCCCGUCCCCGACGCUCAGCCAGAACUCGGCCUUCACCGACGACACCGCGCUAACCUACGCUAGCUCCGCUAAUGGCCAGAUGACGGUGAACGGGAGCCUCGGUGUGCCAGGAAGCGGCUACAGCCUCCACCUCCAGAGGCCUUUCUCUCCGUCUGCGUACCCGCCGCCGCCAGCCUUCAGCCAGGGCCUGUCGCUCCUGUCGGCGUCCCACCGGAGCACCGAUCCCAGCAGUGGUCCUGUCCAGGCCAGCACAGCCCCCGCGGCUCCCGCAACAUCGCCAGCUCCAGCUCCAGCUCCUGUCCAGGAGAGAGAGGAGGAGGCCAGGAAAACACCCUCGCUAAAGCCUCAACACUACACUGGGAUCGGCCCCGUGGAUGAGUCCGGCAUACCUAUCGCCAUUCGAACGAGUGUGGACAGGCCGAAGGACUGGUACAAGACCAUGUUCAAGCAGAUUCACGUUGUACCCAGAACAGAUGAUUAUGUAAACACACAGAAUGUUUAUCCAAUUAGUAGCAGUGAGAAGCGUGGCACUACCAACUCCAUCCAGGCCCACCCAGCACCCCAGACCCACACGUACAGACCCCUCCCGAAGAGCGCGUCAGACAACGGCACAUACACCUUCCAGAAGAGCAGCACGCCGUCCCCGGUGCCCCACGCCUCGCCAGCUCCCUCUCAGCCUCACUCUCACACUCACCCUCGGACCCGCGAACGCGAGAAGGAGCGCGAGCAAGACCUCAGCACGCCAGACAUGUUGAAUGACUGGGGACCUCCUGACCGAAAAGUAGAUACUCGCAAGUACCGCGCCGAGCCCAGGAGCAUCUUCGAGUACGAGCCGGGCAAAUCCUCCAUCUUGGAGCAGGAGAGAGCAACGGGUCAUAUAGACCUAGAUGAGUUAGACUUAGAGAAUGAGCCCUGGUAUAAGUUCUUUUCUGAGCUGGAGUUUGGACGGCCGCCUCCCAAAAAACGCCUCGAUUAUAACCCAGAGAGUGUACAUCGAGCCAAGGCAGAGGCUCCCCUGUAUCCAGCCCCAACAGAGAGGAGUCUGGAGCGACCAUCAAGUUCUGCCAGUGACAACCGUAAGAGGCGAAAGUCGGAGCCGACGUCCAGCCAGCCGCGGCCACACAGCAGCCAGAGUGUGCCCCAGAGCGUUAGCCACCCGGGCUCCCUCCUCCUCGCCGAGACGCCCCGUGCCGGCUUCGCCCAAAGCGCCGAACCCCCCCGUGCUGGCUACGCCCCGAUCGCCAACCCACCACGGAGCACCUACGCCCAGAGCACUGAGCCACACCGCGCCGGCUACACCCAGAGCACUGAGCCACACCGCGCCGGCUACACCCAGAGCACUGAGCCACACCGCGCCGGCUACACCCAGAAGAAGCCCCUGAGCAGCUCCACCUCCUCCUCCCCCGCCAGAUCCAAAGAACCUUCCCAGGACUACUCUUAUCCAGAUGUGGGACGCUACACUCCUCAGAGCAGGAGACCAACACCAGAAGCGACAGAGAAACAACCAGCCAGAGCAAUAUAUGACUUCAAGGCCCAGACUGCAAAAGAGCUUACUUUUAGGAAGGGGGACACGGUGUACAUCACACGACAAGUGGACCGCAACUGGUAUGAAGGAGAGCUGCAUGGCCGGACGGGCAUCUUCCCCAUCACCUACGUGGAGAAAAUCUCUCCAUCUGAGAGGCAGCAGCCGAUCAGGCCCCCUCCCCCAGCCCAGAGCCGAGAGAUCGGGGAGGCCGUGGCGCGCUACAACUUCAACGCCGACACCAACGUGGAGCUCUCUCUGAGGAAGGGUGAGAGAGUCAUCUUGCUCAGGCAAGUAGAUGCCAACUGGUUUGAGGGCAAGAUCCCUAGCACCAGCAAGCAGGGCAUCUUCCCCGUGUCAUAUGUGGACAUCGUCAAGAGGUCAUCCACCAACGCCAAGGACAGCACGAUACCCCAAAGCCACUCGUGCGACAGGGCUCUCAGCACAAGCUCCACCAGGCCGUCCUCUGUACGCUCUUGCUCUGCUGCCACGUCCCCCGCCCCCUCCUUCCAUCGGGUCACCUCCCCCUCCCGCUCCCCGGCUCUCCCCCAACAGCGGCCGUCCCACCUGCAGGCGGUGACCAGUGAGUGGCUGGCGCUCACGCUGGGCCUCUCCCCGUACGGGACGCCGGCCCCCACCCCUCCCCCGUUACCUGCGAGCCUGCGGUCCGAGCUGGAGGCCCUGGAGGCCCUGGUGUCGCCGUCGCCUGCCCCCUCCUCCUCCUCUGCGCUGGGGCCCUCGCCGGCGCCGCUGUCCUCCACGCCCGGCAGCCUCACGCCGGGGCCCAGGGAGGGCCACUUCAUCCCCAUCGGCUCUCUGAAGGGCUACGCCUGCUCGCCGGAGCCCACCCCCUCUCCGCAGCCCUACCUGGCCUCUGCCUCCUUCACGCCAUCCCCGACUUCGCCCCUCGUGUUUGACAUUGACCCCGCGUUCGGCAGCGUCAUUGAGUUGGUCCCCACCGCCACUACCAGCAAGCCCACAACAACAGGCUCACUCUCACCCACACUGGAGCAGCAGCCCUGGAAGAGUCUGACUCCCGACGAGAAGACCCUGGAGCCUCCGAAGUCGCCCUCCCCUCCAGCCAGCGCCUUUAGCCCCAUAGAGCUGGUUGUGUACGAGCCCAACGAGAGACCCCAGGACAAGACCCAGGAAAGGCUUGUUGAGAGUCCCCUCGAAAAGUCCUAUGAGAGACCCCAUGAGAAGACCCAGGGCGAGGUCCAGGAAAGGCUUGUGGAGAGUCCCUUCGAGAGGUCCUAUGAGCGACCCCAUGAGAAGACCCAGGAAAGGCUUGUGGAGAGUCCCUUCGAGAGGUCCUAUGAGCGACCCCAUGAGAAGACCCAGGAAAGGCUUGUGGAGAGUCCCUUCGAGAGGUCCUACGAGAGCCUUCAGGCACAGCCCCACCUGGGACACCACGAGGCACCCUUGAGCCAGGACGCGCUGCUGGCCUCUGGAGAUGCCGACGACGAGGAGUGUGAGGAGGUGAAGUCCAUCAUCAAAGGCAGCCAGCUGAAGCAACAGCAGCUGCAAGCAAAGGAGGAGGAGGAAGAGGAGAAAGGCUUUUACUUGCUGGGCUCCGACUUCACCGAGGAGCUCCCCCAGCUCUUCAUCGAGGAGGAGCCGGGCGGGGGGAGCCGGACAGCGGCCAGCGACCUUUUGACCUCAAACACUUUCACACCUGUUCGUACUGAGGCCUCAGAGCGAGAGGCUACGGUUACCCAGGGUGCAUCACUCCGCCUCUCGUCCCCUCCUUCCCAGCAGCCCCUGCCCCCCGCACGGGGUGUCUCUCCCAAAUCCUCCCCCUCCUCCCCCCGCUCCACCCCUCCACUCCCUGGUGUGUCGCAGUCCCCCCCUCCUUCCUCUAAAUUCUCCCCCCACCCGGAACCAAGAUCCCCCAAGGUCAAGCCCGUGUCGAAGCGUGAUGCCCUCGUGGUGGGCAAGCCCCCACGUAGCCCUGUGAUGUCCAGGAGAUCCUGUGGCUCACCCAUUAGAGGCCAGAGCUUCUCACCCUCACAUAGGUCUCAGAGACAAGCUUAUGUGCAAGAUCCACUACAAGGGACUGGCGAACCGUUCCAGGCUCUUUACAACUACGCCCCUCGUAAUGAAGAUGAGCUGGAGCUCAAAGAAGGAGACAUUGUUGACGUCAUGGAGAAGUGUGAUGAUGGUUGGUUUGUAGGAACGUCGAGAAGAAGCAAGUUCUUUGGCACUUUCCCUGGGAACUACGUGAGAAGGAUAUAACAGGAGCGCGACACGUCUGCUGCCGCUGAGAGCUGAUCCCGAGGGAAGAGGACAGACCGAGAGGCUCAGUCGAGGAGCUGACACCACACACAGUCCGCUGUCUAGCAAUGAUUCGCCAACUGCAGGCAAACAAGCAAACUAAAGCAAAGUGGCCCCUAGUGUUCAGCUCAGUGAGGUGAGGCUCAUAUGUGUAUUCCAGAAGAACAAGUGGCACCACGGCAGGACAAAGUGGCAUUGAGAAGGGACUGAACCAGAUAUGGUAUUUGGUUUUAUAGGUAUUUUUUUAUGAAGUGAUUUUCAGUCUGUAACAGGAAGAGACGACUGUGGCACCCAGAUUUGGUGGACUGUUAUGGACGCUUGGACACAACUGAAUGAGGACAAAUCUUCACUGACGUGUCUGCCUUUCAGUCAUGCAAAUUAAGUUUAAUGUAAUGAAGAACCAAGUGUCCUAUUUAAUUUUUUAUUUAUUAAAUGGUAUAUAUAUUUUUUCUCUUCUCUUGUAUUUGGGGUGCAUAUAGUUUUUCAUUGUUAAAAGAGGGCUAGAUUAGAAGAGCUCAUCGAUUUUUUUUCUCAGACUCUCAGAUGUGCGAGUCUCGCCUUGUUUCAUUCUGUCAUGGUGCAGAUAUGAGUCUGAGCGCAGCUGCCUCACAAUCCUGAGCUGCAUCUGAUUCUGCCGCGAGUCUGGCCCAGUCCCGGCCCAGUCCUGGCCCGCAUCCUGUGGACCCAUGCCACACCACGUGCGGACCAGGACGGGAACUGGAACAGGUUUCGGGGUCAGAUGUAGUUUAGGUUUGCGUUACAUUUGUGCGAGACUCUUAACAGCUUUCUUAGCACCCCAUUCCGACAAGCAAUACACUCCUUCGUCUCCACCAGCCCAUCUGAACCUGCUCCAAGGCUAGUGGAAAGAGUUCACCUGACUUUUUCAUGACAUCAACCCCCCUCCAGUAUUCAGCCACCACCCCCCAGACAUUCCUCACACACCUGACGGACUGUACACCUGAGCGCGAAUCACGGACCUUGAUGAUCUUUUUAGUGAUAUUUAUAAGAUGCCCCCUUGAAGAGGACCCGUGACUGCAAGGGAUAAUUAGUAUACAUCCAAUUAAAGUGUCCACGGCUGGCAAACAGGUUCCUCUGUCCUCUUGCGCUGGACGACUGUGUGUACAUCAGUGGGGUUCCCCACAAAAGCUUCUCGUGUCAGGAUGGGUGUAUAGGGAAGUCGAGAGAAGGAGUGAGAGGAAGAGUCUACUGUAAAGAAUCUACUGUAUGUCUUGGCAGUCUCAGUGUUUUGUACCAGUCACCCUCCACUGUUGUUAUGGAUACGGUUAGGUCAACAAAAAUUAAUCAGAUCGAUUUGAUUUCUUUCCACUUUUGAAAAAAUAAAAAUGUUAUUUAAUAUAUUUUGGUAAUUUUGCAAUUCCAUUGUACAAUUGUGUCAAUUAAAUAUUUGUGGUAGACCCAGAAUGGUGCAUUUUGUAACCAGCAAUGCUAAUAAUAAUGUCUUGGUUAUGAUUUUAUUGUAUUCUUUAUAUCGUCAACUACAGUGCAGACUUUAAGCAAUUAUGCAAAUGUUAUGUAAUCGCAAAUUAAUUUCCAAGUUAAAGUUUAAUUAUUCUGAUGUCAUUCAGGUGAAAGUUAAAAAAAGAAUUGUGAUUUUUAAACAUUAGAAGCACCUUAAAAUUCCAUAACUUGGGAUUUUAUCUCGUUACACUGCCUGAUGUCACCACACUGAACCAUAGUGAAUCUUUUUUAUAUAUAAAAUAUAUAGAUAUAUAUAAGAAGCUAUAAUUCAAGGAAUGCCUCAGUAUAGUUAAGCUUGCUUCUCCUGUCUUCCAUUCUAUGUGGUUACAUUUGGAGUUCCCAAGUCUUCACUUUAGCCAGCAUUUAUGCAACCAAGAGUGCAGACGAGAAAAUGUAUAUGUGAAACUCCAGAAGAUGAUGUCAAAUCCAGAGCGGAUGUGCCAGUGGAGGGAGGACAUUGUAUACCAAAAGUAUGAGAGAGUGCGGGCAUCGGUGACUCCUGUCCUCUGAAAUGCAGAUAUGAGGUUGAGAGUGUUGGAUAGCGUGGUGAAUUUUGAAUAUGGACUUAUUGAAAGUGAUCCCCCUGGACGGUCGUGUUGGCUACUUUUGUCGACAGCAUAGCCACCAGGCUCACCAUCUGGAGGGAUACUGUGCAGAGCGAGAACUGGCAAGCCAAGUGUGAGGUCAACCUUUAUUUUUUUAAAACUCUUUUUUUUUUUGGUGGAAUUGUACGUUAAAUAAAUUCUGUCUGACAAACA